GUUCUCUCUUGACCAAUCUCGUCCCUCACAAAAAAAAACUGUUUCUCUUUUCCCUCUCUAUAUCUCUAAAACCCUAAUUCCAAAUUCUUAAUCAAAUGAAAACAUAAACGUGAUUUCUCAAAACUUCGAAAUGACUGGUAGUGGUAGAAAAACUACUCGAAGUAGGAUCAAAUCGACAAACAACAAUGUCGAUGAAGACGACCACAACGAUCGAAAAUCAAUCAAGAAAAAUCGAAAUGGGGAUCCCAACUCAAUUAAGAUUAUGAAAGUUAAUCUCAAGUAUUUAUUAGGGUUUGGUAUUUUUGCGUCCCUAAUUUUAAUUCUCUUAAUUUAUCAUCUCAUUCAACCAAAUGAAGGAGAAAGACAAGUUGAGAAACCUAGGGUUAUAACUCCUUUUCCUGCACCAAAGAUUAUGGAUCUUAUACAGUUUCAAGGUGAUCAUAAGGAAAGCUUGUAUUGGGGAACUUAUCGCCCUCAUGUUUAUCUUGGAAUUCGAUCCAGGACACCGCGGUCAUUGAUUGCUGGGUUAAUGUGGAUCGGUGUAAAGGAUGGGAGGUACGUUAUGCGACAUAUUUGUGAGGAUUCUGAUGAGCUCAGUAAGUAUGGAUGGACACAUCAUAAUGGGAGGGAUUACGGGCGUCAAGUUAUGGUUGAUCAUGGCAUGACGUUGACGACUGAUUUUUUGAAAGUGAAAGGGGAUGGUAGUGGUUAUGGAGGAGAUUGGGCUGUUCAUAUUGAUGCACAACAUGAUAAAUCUAAACUUGACGAAGAAUUACUGGGUACUGGUCAUUUUUUCUUCUAUGUGGCAGAUGAAGAAGGAAAUAGUCUAAUCUUAGGUAGAGAGAAACUGGAUACUCAUGAUUCAUCUCUUUUGGCAUAUGGUACACGUAAAGAUAUUGGAGAUUGGGAGUUGCAUACAGAUUCAACGGAUAACAUGGAAAUCCAUUAUUCUGGUUUCAGAACUCCUCAUUUUCACAAUUUAACUGAACUUGUGUUGGGAGCCCUUGGAGCUCAUGCAAGACGGGUUGGUUUACUACAGCUACCAGACUCAUCUGAUAAAACACCCAAUGUUUUAGUGUUUCAGAUUUCUGCAAAAUUUCCUUUCAGAACAGAUAUUGCUUUUGUAUCUGGAGCUGGUUUAAAACGUUCAAGAGCUGAACAACGUCUCAAGAGCAUUACAGGAACUCUACUGAGUAAUAAACUGAUUGAGAAACAGAGAGAUUUUGAAGACAAAUAUAUAGCACUAUUCAAUUUAACAGACAAGGUUGAACCCGAAUCAGUGACUGUGGGUAGGGCGGCUAUAGGUAAUCUGCUUGGUGGUAUUGGCUACUUUUACGGGCAAUCUAAAAUUGCCCUCACACAAGAUUUGAGUCGUAAGUAUGGGGAGGAUUUUGUUUCAUAUUGGCCAGCCGAGCUUUACACUGCUGUCCCAAGCAGAUCCUUCUUUCCAAGGGGGUUCUUAUGGGAUGAAGGUUUUCACCAACUCCUAAUCUGCCGUUGGGACAUCCAAAUUUGCUUGGAUAUCAUUGGACACUGGCUAGAUUUGAUGAAUGUUGAUGGAUGGAUACCCCGUGAGCAAAUCUUAGGUGCUGAAGCUCGGAGUAAAGUACCUAAGGAAUUCAUUCCUCAGCACCCAACUAAUGGAAAUCCACCAACUCUGUUUCUAGCUCUACAUGAUUUGGUUCGUGGCAUAAGUAGAAAUAAAUUUACUACUACUGAGAUCAAUGAGGUCUCUUCAUUCUUAGAUAGAGCUUUUGUUCGUCUGGAAGCAUGGUUCCAGUGGUUCAAUAAUACACAGUCGGGUAAGGAUGUUGGCAGCUAUUACUGGCAUGGCAGAGACCAAACAACAAUUCGAGAGCUAAAUCCAAAGACACUGUCCUCUGGGUUGGAUGAUUAUCCACGUGCAUCACAUCCCAAUGAAGAAGAGCGCCACUUGGAUCUACGUUGUUGGAUGCUUCGUGCUGCAGAUUGCAUGAGUUCCAUCAAAGUGCUUCUUGGAAAGCAGAAUGAUUUAGGAAAGGAAUAUCAGUCGACGGCUAAUCUGCUCUCAAAUUUCGAGCUUCUGAAUCAGAUGCAUUAUGAUGAUGUUGCUGGAGCAUAUUUUGAUUUUGGGAACCACUCCGAGAAGGUUCACUUGACUUGGCGACAAACAGAGACCUUAAACAGCAACCAUGCUAGCCGAGAGCUUACCCGAGCAGUUACGGAAAGGCCACAACUGAGGCUGGUUCCUCAUAUUGGUUAUGUCAGCCUUUUCCCCUUUAUGAUGGGGCUAAUUCCAUCUGGUUCACCAAUACUUGGAAAACAGCUCGACCAUAUUUCCAACAGAAGCACAUUAUGGACAGAUUACGGACUACUCUCUCUAGCUAAGUCAAGCACUUUGUACAUGAAACGCAACACGGAGCAUGACCCGCCAUAUUGGAGAGGCCCAAUAUGGAUGAAUAUGAACUACAUGAUUCUUUCAGCACUCCACCAUUAUUCUCUAGAGGAUGGACCUUAUAAAGAGAGAGCGAGAACUAUAUAUGGUGAAUUACGGCAAAACUUGAUCAGGAAUGUAGUCGAUAACUAUUUCAAAACAGGGUAUCUGUGGGAGCAGUAUGACCAAAAGAAGAAGGGGAAGGGUAAAGGUGCUCGACCUUUCACGGGUUGGACUUCACUUGUUCUUUUGAUCAUGGCAGAAGCUUAUCCUGAAAUUUGAAGCCUUGAGUUUUGUAGAUUUUUUUCUUCUGGGAGGCAAAUGUUUUACUUAGAGAAAAUCACUUCAUUAGAGAGUAUCGUAAUAUUUAACUACCAUUACAGAUUUAGCCAAUCAUGAUGUACAUAUGUAUGCUUCAUGACAUUAGAAUUUUGAUUGUCAAAGGGAUUUGAAGCCAUGGAAGAUAAAGUCUUGUUAUUUCGUACAACCGCAACAACCCCUAGGAUGAAAUUCUAUACAUACAUUAUAAUAAAGCUCAUCAAGCUAAACAUGUCCAGUGGAACUGUAGUUUUCUUAGCAUUGUUAUGUAAUAUCAAACCUCAAUGAUUAUGACAGAAUCAUACGGUGUCCAAAUC